AUGGCUGCAUUGCCCCCUUAUUUAAUUGAUGUCGCCACUGCGCUGGACUCGCAGGGCCGCGUAAAUGUAAUCGGCAUGGUUGUUGAUACAAUGACUGUAUUCCAGUCGAAGAACUCAUCUUAUCUUAUCACUUUCACUAUCAAAGACUGUGAUUUUGGCACGAACGCAUGGCAGGGGCUCAAAGUCAAGUAUUUUCAUCGGAAAAUGGAUUCGCUGCCGGACGUAAAAGAGGGCCAUGUGAUUGUGUUGAGGAAUUUACGGAUUCAACUGUUCAAUAACAGGAAGAUGGGAGUUGCCGGGGACCGGGAAACAGUCUUGUGGGCGAUUUUUCCUCGAGAUCCUGGUUCAUUGCCUAUAUGCGGUCCUACUCCAUUUGAUCCAACGCCUUUGGAAGAGAAAUAUGCAAGAGCGUUACUGAAUCGUGCUGAAAAUGAGGGUUACGACCCCGAGCAACAGCAGCAGCAGCGACAACAACAUCAACAUCAACAACAGCCAUCCCCACUCCCACGCCCCUUCAUCAACCGUGACUAUCCCGACAAAACAUUAGCUGCAACGACUGGACGAGCCUAUACUUUCCCGUUUACCUUAAUAAAAGACAUCAAACCUCGCACUAUGGUGGAGCUCGUGGCCCAGAUAGUUAAUGUAUAUGGAAAUGACGGCAAUAGGUAUAUGAUCUACGUUACUGAUUACACCAGCAAUCCAGCUUUGUUGGGCCAAGGAGAGGGCGAUAGUUGCCCUCGUCUUGGAGAUGAGUACGGCCACUUGGAUGGUUUCAACACGAAAAGGGCCAGUACGAUGGGAGAGAUGACUCUGCCUGUCACACUCUGGGAACGGCAGGCUUCUUAUGCCCGGGAACAUUUUCAAGUGGGUGACAUUGUUAUCUUGAAGCGUGCACAUGUGAAAAAAUCGCAUGUCCGUGGGAACUUAGAAGCCAGCGUGCAUGGUGACAAAAAGUGGCCAGACAAGAUUCAUGUUGACACUGUGAUUCCUGAAGACGAUACCCGUGCUCGCGAAUUGCUAAAGCGAAAGAGAGAGUACUUGAAGCAAGAACGCGCAGAUGGAAAAUCUAGAGACGAGCAAAAUGAGACUUCGAAGAACAAAAGAAGGAAAACCGAACGAGCACGCAAAAAGCAACAAGAAGCAAAACUGGAAGAAGGGCAGAAGCCACUUGCAUCGACAGCCAUUAGGAUACGACAUCAAUUGAAUGAGAAUAUUACAUCCUGGCAACCCGAUGUCCGUUGUCUGCCGCUAGAGGAUAUCUUAUCCAAUGAGUCCCACAACAACGUCUCUCCAGAGAAGAUUGAGUACCGACUUCCCUUCCAGAAUAUAUGCUACCGUUCAUUAGUCCGGGUGGUCGACUUCUUCCCGCCUAAUUUAGAAGACUUCUCUGUGCCAAUAGACCGGGAGUGUGCCGCCCUCUCCGACUCAGAAAGUGACUUAGACGACCUUCACAACUGUGAUAUUACAAUAAACUCUUCCUCCCGUAAUAUUGUCUGGGAAUGGCGGUUCUGUCUUCUCGUCGAGUCUGCCUCUCCAUCUUCGCUAGGUCAGACUAAAGAGCGAAUGAAGCUUUUCGUCUCUGGGCCGGAUGCCGAGCACCUUCUUAAACUAGAUGCAACGAAUCUGCGGCAAUCUUCUAAAGCACUAGCCAGAUUACGAGAGAAACUUUUCAUCCUCUGGGGGGAUCUCGAAGAGCGAAAGAUGACAUCCUCAAAAAUGAAACACAAUAACGGCGACAAUGCAGGCGGCAUGAACUCUGUAGAAACGACUGCAUCUUUGCUCCCCUUCAUCUGCUGUAUCAAAGAGUAUGGUGUUAAAUGCAGCCAUGGAUACAAUGGAGCAGAUACUCAAGCUCAAAACAGUGACAACAACGCUGACCAGAUUGCAAUUUCCAAGGAGAUUGGCUGCAGCCGUCCUGACUGUUUCGGGUGGGAGAGACGAUUCGCCAUGUUUGGAACUGCGAUUAAUUAA